GGUGAAGCAGAUGAAGCGUACGCUUUAUGUUGUGGGCUGUUUUUUGAAAGGUCAACUUUAAUAAAAUAAUAAGUCCAGGUCAAAUUUUAAUAAAAUAAUACGUCUAGGUCAAAAUCUUAAUAAAAUAAUAAGUCUGGGUCAAUUUUAAUAAAAUAAUUAGUCCAGUUAUUUGAAAUCCUCAGCGCGACUUUGAGAAAUUUUAUUUCGCACAAUCAGCUAGGGUUUUGCAGCAGCUCUUCUUCUCCACUUUCAGGUAAUUUCUUUCUUUCUUCUUCUUUCUUCUUCUUCUUCUUCUUCUUCUUCUUCUUUCAAGCUCUCUUCUUUGCUCUGUUUUUUUCUCCACAUUUGCUCUGUUUUUUUCUCGAAUUCUAGGGUUCUGCUCUGCUUUUCUUCUUUCUUUCUUUCUUCUUCUGUUUCUUCUUCUUCUUUCAAGCUCUCUUUUUUGCUCUGUUUUUUUCUUCACAUUUGUUCUGUUUUUUCUUUCUCGAAUUCUAGGGUUCUGCUCUGCUUUUCUUCUUCUUUGUUAUUCUGCUCUGUUUUGCUGAUUUUUUUUGCUCUGGUUUGCUGCUAUAUAUGCUCUGUUUUCAGUUCUGCCUUUUUCUUUUUUUUCCAGUUCUACUUUUUUCUUUCUUUUCCAGUACUUUUUCUGCUUUGUUUUGCUGUGUUCUCUGCUGAUUUUGUAUCAAAAAAAUAUUUGCUCCUGAUUAUUUUUCUUAAAUCUUAACAGCAAUUAAAAAAUGUCCUAAGACCCGGCUUGGAAGUAUGGGAAAAAACUUAGUGAGACCAAUCGGACUGCAGUUAUGUGUUUGUUUUGUGAUAAGAUAACUAAAGGAGGAAUCUUUCGCCACAAACAACAUCUUAUUGGUACUUAUAGCGACGUCGCACGCUGUCUAAGAUGUCCGGAGAAUGUGAGGGAAGAAAUAAAAACAUAUGUCGAAGGAAAAAAGGAACUAAAACGUCAAAUGUUACAUCAACCAACUGUAACUAAUCUUGACGACAACGAUGAUGAAACAGAAGAAGGUGAAGCUGUUGAUUUGUCCGUUCGUUCAAAAUCACAAAAACGGACAACUUAUGGACCAACCUCCAGUGUGAAAGGUCCUUUAGAUUGCUAUUAUCAACCAAAGCCAACUGAUAAUGCAGGGACAAGCGGUAAAAAAAAUUUGAAAGACACCGCCUUACGGCUUUUGAGAGAGCGUGCAGUUGCGGCUUUUUCACGAUGGAUGUAUGAUGCAGGGCUCCCCUUCAAUUGUGUCAACCAUAUUGACACUUUUGGAGCCUUCCUUGAUGCCGUAGGCCAUUAUGGUGUUGGAAUGAAGCCGCCUACGUAUCAUGAAGUUAGUACCUCAUAUCUAGCUAAAGAAGUGGAAGCGACACAAAAAAUAGUGGAGGAUCAUCGGGUAGAAUGGAAGCAUUUCGGAUGUUCCAUUAUGAUGGAUAAGUGGACGGCAAGAACGGGAAAAAUGAUCAUUAAUGUGUUGGUGAAUUCUCCAAAAGGAAGCUUAUUUCUUGAAUCUAUUGAUGCGAGUGACUCGUCUACUGAUUCCAUCAAGAUGUUCUCCUUGUUUCAGAGCACCAUUGAGAAGAUUGGACCAGAGAAUGUUGUUCAAAUUGCUACCGAUAAUGCAGCUGAAAAUGUUAAAGCAGGUGCUAUGUUGAAGGGAGUGUUCCCGAACAUCUAUUGGACUCCAUGUGCAGCUCAUUGUAUAAAUUUGAUGUUCGGGGAUAUUUUCAAGGAAAGACCCUUUAGAGGAGUUUUCACUAAGGCUGUUAGAGCGCAUUCCUACAUUGUUCAAAGGCCUUUGUUGUUGAACAUGAUGAGGAGAUUCACAAAACAAAGAAACUUGGUGAAACCUGGCAAAACUCGAUUUGCUACUGCUUUCUUGACCUUACACCGUAUGCAUACACAAAAGGCCAAUUUGAGAAGCUUGUUCAUUUCGGAUGAAUGGAACAAUAGUAAAUUUGCAAAAGAAGUCAUGGGGAAAGAAGUUGCACGCAUAAUGAUGUCUUAUACUUUUUGGAAUAAUGUUGUUCAUGCUCUUAAAAUUGGUGGGCCGUUGAUUAAAGUACUUCGUUUGGUGGAUGGAGAACAAAAACCACCCAUGGGCUACCUUUUUGAAGCUAUGGAUAGGGUUAAGGAGUCUAUACGAAAAUCAUUUAGUGACCUACAUAAGUAUGCAAAGGUCUUUGACAUCAUUGAUAAAAGGUGGGCGGAUCAACUUCAUCAACCUUUGCAUGCCGCUGGGAAUUUGUUGAACCCAUCAAGCUUUUAUGAUAAUAAUGAGAUGCGAUUACUAAAUGCAAAAGUGACGAAGGGAUUCUAUGAGAGUGUUGCUAAGUUGGUUCCCAAUAUAGAUGAGCAAGAUCAAAUAGGGGACCAACUAAGUGCUUAUACUAAUUCUGAAGGGACCUUUGGGUUUCCAAUGGCUAUAAGACAAAGAAAGAAGAAGUCUCCAGUUGAAUGGUGGAGGCCUUAUGGUGGAGACACUCCGGAAUUACAAAAGUUUGCCAUCAAAGUUCUAGGUCUAACUUGUAGCUCUUCCGGAUGUGAGAGAAACUGGAGCGUGUUUGAACAUAUUCAUAGCAAGAAGAGGAAUAGACUAACCCUAAAGCGCCUCAAUGACCUAGUGUUCAUAAAAUAUAAUAGAACAUUGAGGCGUCGUUACAAUGCUCGCAAUGUAAUUGAUCCAAUUGGUUUGGACAAUAUUGAUGAUGCCAAUGAAUGGCUCACCGGGGUUGAGAAUGCUGAAGAUGAAGCAAUUUUUGAGGGAGAUUCUGAUUUCACUUUCGGUGUUGUUGCCGAGGCAAUGGGGGUAGAGGAGAACCAGUAUGGUUUAAGGGAGAAUACUUCAAGCCAACAUAGGAGGGGAAAAGAAGUAGCUACAAGUCAUUCCCUAGUUGAUGAAGUUGAAGAAGAUGAUAAUGAAAUUGAAGAAGAUGAUGAACAAUAUGAUGAUGAUGUGGGAGUACAAGAUUUUGACAAUCUUGUAGAAGAAUAAGAACUAGAUGUCGAACUAUUAGUAGCUUUGAUUUUGUUUGUCCUAUGGUCUGGAGGAUUUUGUGAUAUCCACACUAGUUUUUUAUUUGAACUUUUAGUCUAUGGAUAUCUACUUUAGUUUUGAAUUUGAACUUUUGCUUAUAUACAUAUUCUCUAUUUAUUUUGCU